GUGUUUGGACAGUAAUCAACUAGAGAAUUCACAUAUACAUUCAGAUAUGAAUUUGACUCUAAAGUAAAAACAAUACAGGGAUAUGUGAAACUAAUAUUAUCUGAAGUUGCCACUUCUCCUCAUAAAGAAAAAUCUGCAAGCUUUCGAAGCUUCUCGUAAACAAGUCGUUCACAUGAAUAUAUUACUGGAAACAUAAGCUUGGGCUCAUCAAAGUGCUACCUACAGCAGUUUGUGAGAUUUUUCACAAGAGGUACUAAAGAUGUGGAUCAAGCAAACUGCCUUAUAUUUACCAUGAUGACUGACACACCAACUUUGAUUACUACAACUCAAGUACUAACAGGCUUAGUGCUGAAUUUUAAUCAUCACAGGGAAAAGCACGGAAAACAGAUUAACUAAUCCGACUGUAUCACUUCAAAAUCUGAGAAUCUAACACCAUCUCUGCAAAGUUCGUACAGAAAAAUUAAUUCGAUUGAUAAGUUUUCUAUCAACUUUUAUAUGCUUUACUGCAAAUAUUGAUGGAUUUAUACAUGAAGUUUUAAUGAAGACUCAAGUUUAUUGGCAUUUUGGAAUCUGCAUUGUGAGAGACAACAGGGUACUUAAUAUCAUCAUCAAUUUUCACAGUGUCACACUGGAAUAUUGCAGGGGAAAAACUGGCAGAAGAUGUAAUCUUGGACAUGAUACAACCCGGCAUAAUUAACUUGGAACGUUAAAUCAUUGGACAGAUGGACUUGAUGCUACGAAAAACAAACGAAGAGAAUUCACUGAAGCCGAUAAAAAAAGUAUGCAAGUAUUUUUGAGCAUUAAACUUGGAUAAUCUAACAUUACAUAUAUCAGCUCUAAAUUUGGAAAUAUUUUGAAAUUGAGUAUUCUCGUUAGUUAUACUUUCACUUUCUCUGGAGAAAUCAUUGUAGAAUUCAAAACAGCACGUCCAACAGAGUCAAGUUUUCACCGCUGGCAUUUUAUUAAUAUUUGACAGAUUAGAAUAUUAGCUACUGUAGUUUGUAAGAAGAUGAAAACAGGAAAAAUGUUUAAUAAAAUAGCAAACAAAUUGUUUGUAACAAAACUCAAGAUUUUUCUAAUAAUUCUUGUUAGCUAUUUAAUUUGCGUAUCAUCAGGACAAGAGCCUACAAUACAAACCAAACCGCAAGCGUUAACCGUGGCAACAGAAGGCCAAUCUCUCACACUUUACUGUAAUAUCCAAAACCUAGGUACAUAUAACGUAUCAUGGAUGUGUAACGAGACCAGACUGUCUAAAAAUAAGCAAGUACUUGUUGAAUCAUCUCAUUAUGAUAUCUUGGAAGAAGAUAAUGGUGGCUUUCACCUCAGAAUCAAAGACAUUAAACGCUCGGACAAAGAUUGCAAUUAUAAAUGUGCAAUAUACAACAAUGAUAUUUUUGUUAAAUCCCACCAAUUUCCAGCUAAGAUAAAGGUUUCAGAGAUCCCACAGACUAAAUACCCUAUAUGCGACCCUUUGGAAAAUGGAUACAAUGAAAACACGACGAUAGAAGUCAGAUGCAGAGGUGAGCGUGUUAACCCAAGAGUUAUAAUUACAUGGAUGAAAAAUGGAAAAAACGUAAAGUCAGAAUCUAGCGUAAAAAACGGAGAGGAGAUUGUUACGUACUCGUUCAAGGCACAGCAAAGUGAUAGCAGUGCAUCUUUAAAGUGCACAAUGCAUGUGGUUCCAACAGGGAAAACGCUGCACUGUACUCCGGGACAAUUGAAUAUUAGGUACAAACCAAAUAUAACAAUACAUGAGCCCGAGAGUGUAUCAGCAGGAAAAGAAGCUGUGUACAUUUGCCGGGCUACUGCCAAUCCAAAGAUCACCGGUUACAAGUGGAAUGUCCCGGCAAAUUUAAAGAACAAAGAUUACAAAUCUGAUCGUGGGAUUCUGCGUAUUACACCUACCCUAAAGGACAACCUGACAAAAAUCUCCUGCACAGCUAGCAACCAAAUUGGUAAUGUUACAAGAACCAUUACACUUCGACUUCUGAAGUCAAACGUAACUAUGAAAGUACCAGUGGUAAAUCCAAGUGUUACCCAUAGGAAUAAUGACAAUAGUACAAUUUCAUUGUUUGCAAUUGUUCUAGUAGCAGUUGGUUGCUCCAGUCUAAUUCUUCUGUUGAUGGUCAUACCUGUGUGUUACUAUUAUACAUGUCAACGUCAUGAAGAGGGCCUGUACAUGCCUCGCAUGCCCCCAAUAAUGGUUCAACCUGACGUUUACUCUGAGCCAAAAGACAUGGCAUUUUCAGACCCCAAUCAAAACAGAACACUUCCUUUGCUUCCGUCGGGUACAAUGCACGGAAAAUGGAAACGGUCGGUUGGUGUUCAAGUACCGACAGAAAUAGAAAUUGAAGAAAUGUAUGCCCAUGUGGAAGGAGAGGCUGCAGCAAUGAAACUAAAUGCAUCUAGGGUCAGGUCAACUAAGUCAGAAUACGUUUAACUACUGUAGACAAAAAACAAUUUACGCAAAAAAUGUACAAAAAAUACUUGCAUUUACAGUAAUGUACACAAUGUUUAUGACAUCAAAAUAAAUUUGUUUUUAAGUACUACCUUAAGCUCUGUCCCGACUAUCAAAUUUUUUUUCGACCAAAAAACUGUUAUAUGCCCAUAUAUAGUCAUGAUGUGUCUAUAUAUGGUGAUGAUGUGAUGUCAUCAUGACCAUAUUUAGGCAUGUCACAUGUUUUUGUCAAACAAAAUUUUAUAGUCUGGACAGGGCCUUACAAUUUAAAUAAUGUUACUAUUUUGAUGAUCAUGUUACGAUGAAAUAUUCUGUGGCAUUCCAUAAUUAGAAUUUUGAAAAUCUUUUUUUUUUUUCAAUUAGAGUGAAAAUUUUAUAUAAAAUUAUUAAGGGACACUGUAAAUGACACAAUAAGUGCCGCAGCACAUGAUUUUUGGACGCUUUAGUGCCGAACUUAUUCCAUUCAAAUAAAUUACUGGAGUAUUGAAAUUGUACCGUGUGUCGUACAUAGGAUUAUCUAACCUCUUGUUUUGUCAUUAAUUUCAUGAGAAAUUAGUUGUUUAAUAACUUCUUGAUAGUACAGAAAAUCAAGGCAAGUUGUGUAUACUCUUGAUUAAGCACUGCAACGUUUACUUAAAAUAGAAUUCUGUAAUGUAAUAAGCGUUAAUGUGCCUUUUUUGAGAGUGGAGGUUAAAAAAAUCAUGUUUGAUCAAGGACUUUUAUCUUUAUAAAAGUCCUUGGUUUGAUGCUGAGCACAUUCAUGAGUGGCACAUAAAUCGAUGGAGGUGCUUAUUAGAUCAUUUUAAAGUGUUGAAUCUUCACAAUUGGAUAAUUUGAUACAAUUGAAGUUUAAAUUGAAAAAUUUAAACUACAAUGUUUGUAAUUUCAUGGUUGAAUGCAUUCAUUGUGCUCAAUGCAAAUGAAUUCUGAAAUGUUGUAACAAAACAUAUGCAUUAUGUGGUAGCAUAUGGUUCGAUGGCAAGGCACCUAGCUUCCAAUAUUAUGAAGGCUGGUUCAAUUCCUAAGCUGAACACAUUUUUGUCCUUAAGACAAAUCACUUGUAACUUAUCCUGUCUUUGAUCACAUAUAAGGGCACAUGGUAGGAUAAAUACGGUAAUGGUGUAAUGCACUAUAUGAAUACUCGCCAUGAAGCGAUGGAAGUUUUACAUUGUGUAAUGUGUAUAUAUCUAAUAUCCAAUAGUAAUACAGUAAUAUAUUUUGAGAUUUCCUGAUUGGAAUGAAUACAAAAUAUCAAAUUUCAAAAUCCAAUUCAAAUUUGAUACUAAUUACUAAAAACACUGAAUAAUUUUUAUUAUUUAUAUUUAAAUUUAAUUAAUAUAUUUGUUUAAUCAAACGUGUAUAUAACUUUAUGUAGCAAACAUUGUGUCCUCAUCCAGAAUUUAUGGAUGAAAAUUCUUAAGAGUCCAUUGACCCUAAUGAUUUAAUGCUUCUCUAGAAGUCAAUUAGUGAUCUAAAUAUAGACCCAAUUCUCUAUCCUCACCCACAAAAGCUAGAAUGUACACAGAGAAAGUGUCUCAUGCAUUGUCCAGUUAUAUACACAUUACUGUAAUAUAUACACACACACACACAUAGGUGCUAAUAAUUGCUUUACCAGUGUGUUUGUAUUUCUACAGAAUAUGCUUAACUUUUAAUAUAAUUUCUUUUUAUACUUGGCCACAUCACUAGUGUUUCAGUCACAACUAACUGUGUAUAGCUGUUUCUUUUUGUGAGAACAAUUUUGUUAUUUGAAGUAGUUUUUUUAUUUCUGUCAAUAAUUCAUAUUUCUUUCUCUAUGUAACAAUAAAAUAGGAAUAAUAAAAA